AUGACUGACAUAGUGGAUAAUCCUGUCAUUCAGAAUGCCCAAUUGUUGGUACCUAAACCACUACUUUUUAGACCUUAUGUAUGGCCAUUUACCAUCAUAUACCCUAUAUGUUUGCAGAUUUAUUUAAAUCAUUAUGAUACUUAUAUUGUGGGAAAGGAAUGGACAUUUGUAUAUCUGAUAACUGUGAUCUCAUUGAACUUAUUGUUCUGGUUGAUGCCUCAUUGGAAUAUCAAUAUCAAUUCAUCAUUUAAUUAUUCAUCUGUAAAGACUAUUGAAGAAGCAUCUUAUGUUAAGAUCACUCCUGCCCCAAAUUCUGGUGUAGGUGAAAUUUGUAAGAUUAUUAGAGAGACAUUUCAUGACGGUGAACGUCAAGUUAGCUUUUUAUAUCAAAAAAGAAGACAUUUAUUCCAUAAAUCAACUAACAAGUUCUCGCCACCUCAAUUUAAAUUCGAUGAAUUACCUAAAUUAGAAUAUUUCCAAACCUCUAAAGGUUUACUGGGAGAUUUAGAAAAAUAUUCUCGUAAUUAUGGUGAAAAUAGAUUUGAUAUUCCUAUUCCUAGUUUUAUGGAAUUGUUUAAAGAACAUGCUGUAGCUCCAUUCUUUGUAUUUCAAAUCUUUUGUGUAGCACUUUGGUGUAUGGAUGAACAAUGGUAUUAUUCUUUAUUCUCAUUAUUCAUGUUGGUAUCUUUUGAAAUGACAACUGUUUUCCAAAGAAGAACCACUAUGAAUGAAUUCCAAUCAAUGGGUAUUAAACCAUAUGAUAUUUAUGUGUUUAGAGAUAAUAAAUGGAAACAAUUGACUACCACUCAAUUAUUACCAGGUGAUUUAGUUUCAGUAACUAGAACUCAUGAUGAUAGUGCUCUUCCAUGUGAUUUAUUAUUACUUGAUGGAACUGCCAUUGUUAAUGAAGCUAUGUUAUCUGGUGAAUCAACUCCAUUAUUAAAGGAAUCGAUUAAAUUAAGACCAUCUGAUGAUAAUUUACAACCAGAAGGAUUUGAUAAAAAUUCUAUUUUACAUGGUGGUACUUCUGCUUUACAAGUUACUAAACCAGAAAAUCCAAUUAUUCCAAAUGCUCCUGAUAAUGGAGCUUUAGCUUAUGUUAUUAAAACUGGUUUUGAAACUUCUCAAGGUUCAUUAGUUAGAAUGAUGAUUUUCUCUAGUGAACGAGUUUCUGUUGGAAAUAAAGAAGCCUUUUUAUUUAUUUUAUUCUUAUUACAAUUUGCUAUUGCUGCUUCUUGGUAUGUUUGGGUUGAAGGAACUAAAAUGGGUAGAGUUCAAGCUAAAUUGAUUUUGGAUUGUAUUAUCAUUAUUACUUCUGUUGUUCCACCUGAAUUACCUAUGGAAUUAACUAUGGCUGUUAAUUCAUCAUUAGCUGCUUUACAAAAAUUCUAUGUUUAUUGUACUGAACCAUUUAGAAUCCCAUUGGCUGGUAGAAUUGAUGUUUGUUGUUUUGAUAAGACUGGUACUUUAACUGCUGAAGAUUUAGUAUUUGAAGGUUUAGCUGGGUUUAAACCUGAUGAAAUUCAUCAUUUAUUCAAAUGUGAAGAAGCUCCAGAAACCACUUCUUAUGUGUUAGGUUCUGCUCAUGCUUUAGUUCAAUUAGAUGAUGGUGAUGUUGUAGGUGAUCCAAUGGAACAAGCUACUUUACAUGCUGCUCAUUGGGCUGUUGGAAAGAAUGAUACUGUAGAAAGAACUGCUCCUAAUGGUAAAGUGGAAAAGAUUAAAAUCUUACGUCGUUUCCAAUUUUCUUCAGCUUUAAAAAGAUCCCUGGCUAUUUCUUCUAUUAAUGCUAUUCCAAAUAAGAAUUUUGUUGCUGCUAAAGGUGCUCCAGAAACUAUUCGUAAUAUGAUUAUUGAUGCUCCAGAAAACUAUGAACAAAUCUAUAAAUCAUUUACUAGAGCUGGAUCUCGUGUUUUAGCUUUAGCUUAUAAAUAUUUAGAUCAUGGAGUUAAUGUUACUAAGAUUAAACGUGAAGAUGUUGAAUCAAAGUUACAUUUUGCUGGAUUUAUUGUUUUCCAUUGUCCGUUGAAAGAUGAUGCGGUUGAAACCAUUCAAAUGUUGAAUGAAUCAUCGCAUAGAUGUGUUAUGAUUACUGGUGAUAAUCCUUUAACUGCUUGUCAUGUUGCUAAAGAAGUAGCUAUUACUACUAAGAGUGAUACUUUAAUAUUAGAUGCUCCAGAAGAACAUCAUCAAAUCGGUGAAGAUGAUGAUUUAGUUUGGAGAAACAUUGAAGAAACUGUGGUUAUUCCAUUCAAAUCAUCUAAUUCUAUUGAUAUUGGAUUAUUUAAGAAAUAUGAUGUUUGUAUUACUGGUUAUGCUUUAAAUUACUUGGCUGAUCAUCAUCAAAUUCUCGAUUUGUUAAAGCACACUUGGGUUUAUGCUAGAGUUUCUCCUAAUCAAAAGGAAUUUAUCUUAACUUCUUUGAAAGAAGCUGGUUAUAAUACUUUAAUGUGCGGUGACGGUACUAAUGAUGUAGGAGCUUUAAAACAAGCUCAUAUUGGUAUUGCCUUAUUGAAUGGUACUGAAGAAGGUUUAAAGAAGAUUGCUGAAAAUAGAAAGAAUGAAACUCUUCAAAAAGUAUAUGAAAAGCAAGUUCAACUUUUCUCUAAUUGGGGAAAACCACCUCCACCAGUUCCUGUUGCUAUUGCUCAUUUAUAUCCUCCUGGUCCUUCAAAUCCUAAGUAUUUAGAAGCUAUGGAAAAGAAAGGUGUUACUAUUACUGAUGAAAUGAGAAAGGCUGUUGUUGCUGCCAAUAGAGCUGGUAUUCUUCCUGUAAAACCAAAGGAUGCUGGUGCAAAUGCUAAGGGUAAUGCUGGAAUUGCUGAUGCUUUAUUAGGAGCUUUGAAUGAAGCUGAAGGAGAAGAUGAAGCACCAGUAUUGAAAUUAGGUGAUGCAUCAGUAGCUGCUCCAUUUACAUCCAAAUUAGCUAAUGUUUCUGCUGUAACUCAUAUUAUUCGUCAAGGUCGUUGUGCAUUAGUAUCCACCAUUCAAAUGUAUAAGAUCUUAGCCUUGAAUUGUUUAAUUUCUGCUUAUUCUCUUUCCGUUUUAUAUUUAGCUGGUAUUAAAUUUGGUGAUGCUCAAGCUACUAUUUCCGGAAUCUUAUUAUCAGUAUGUUUCUUAUCUAUUAGUAGAGGUAAACCUAUUGAAAAAUUAUCUAAGGAAAGACCUCAAGAUGGAAUUUUUAAUACUUAUAUUAUGGGAUCUAUCUUGGGACAAUUUGCUAUUCAUAUUAUCACUUUAGUUUAUAUUACAAGAGAAAUCUAUAUCUUAGAACCAAGAGAACCUCAAAUUGAUUUGGAAAAGGAAUUUGUACCUUCAUUAUUGAAUACUGCUAUGUUCUUAUUACAAUUAGCUCAACAAGUAUCUACUUUUGCUGUUAAUUAUACUGGAUUACCAUUUAAGGAAAGUAUCACUUCUAAUAAAGGUAUGUACUAUGGAUUAUUAGGAGUUGCAGCCUUAGCCCUUUCUGGAUCUACUGAAUUCAUGCCAGAAAUUAAUGAAGCCAUGCAAUUCGUACCUAUGAGUUAUGACUUUAAGUUUAAGUUAACUGGUUGUAUCUUACUCGACUUGGGUGCUACAUGGAUCAUUGAAGUUGUAUUGAAGCAUUUCUUUAUGAAUUCUGCUGCAGCCGAUAUCGCUGUCAGAGAUGAUGAUGAACAAGGAGUUACAGCUCCAUUAGAUACCAUAAAAAUACGACUACAAUUACAACAGAAAGUAUAUAAAGAAAGUCAAGGAGUUAUUCGAAUAACUUCUGAUCUAAUUCGAAAUGAAGGAGUGGUAGGACUCUGGAAGGGUAAUGUACCUGCAGAGAUAUUGUAUAUAUUAUAUGGAGGAGUUCAAUUCACAUCAUAUUCUAUGAUCUCUAAGGCCUUGAGUGAAAUAGAAAAUGCAAAUAAUGUUAAUCUUAGUGCCUCGAGUCAUUCAUUAGUAGUGGGAUUUGGUGCUGGUAUUGCCAGUACGUUUGUAACAUAUCCAUUUGAUUUAUUAAGAACUCGACUUGCUGCGAAUUCUAAUAAACAACUAUUAUCUAUGACAUCUACUUUCAAACAGAUAUGGAAAGAAGAAGGAAUACGAGGCUGUUUUACUGGAAUUAAACCAGCUACAUUAUCAGUAGCUUCUACUACAGCAGUAAUGUUUUGGUCAUAUGAAGCAUCACGAGAGUUUGCUCGGAAAUUUAAUGAAAUCCCCUUCUUAGAAGGUAUUUGUGGAUUCAUAGCAGGAGCAACUUCAAAGGGUGUUACAUUCCCUUUGGAUACAUUACGAAAGAGAACACAAAUGUAUACGAUAUUAUAUGGACUGAAGCCAAUAAGUGCCUUCAAGUUAUUCUUUAAAAUACUCGGGAAUGAAGGUAUUUAUGGACUUUAUAAGGGAUUUGGAAUAAGUCUAUUGAAGACAGCUCCUACAAGUGCUGUUACUUUAUUUGUAUAUGAAUAUUCUCUUAACUAUAUUACAUCUCUUAACAAACGUGUAUAUUAG